UAAUGUUGAAGAAGUUUUUAUUAAGCAAAACAACAAAUCUACGAAAAAACUUGCAAAUUCAUAAAAAAAAGUUAUUCCAAAGGUUCAACGUGAUUGCCAUCUAGCUGCUGUUAUAGUUUGGUGGUGAGUUUCCCUAAAAGCCGUUAUGCCUCUCCACUUCUUUGAAAAAAGGAAACGAUUAAAACUGGGACAAACGUGUACCAGCAGGAUGUUUUAAAAGGUGUGGUGAAGCGGUUAAGCAAUACUCUCUUCGAUGCUGAGCACUGAAUUCUUAAAAGCAAUAUUCAUCGUUUCAUAGCUGCAGUUGGUUGGCCGUCUGGAAGUCCAGAUUUGAAUCCAAUGGACUACCGUUUGUGAUUAAAGUUGGAGAUUAUGGCCUCGAAUAUUCCACAGAAAUUUGAUGAGUCUCAAAAAAUGUUUAGUUUGAACAGCGUCGUCAACACUAAUAGAAACUAUGCGUGCUGUCAUUGUUCAAUGGCCGAAUCGUUUGAGGGCUUGGGGGAAAGCAAAAAGUGACCAUUUCGAAAAAAAUUGUGUACGUCUAUUAAAUAAAAAUAACUUUAGUAGUAAAUGUAUUAUAGUUUCAUAUUUAUAAGGGCCUAAACUUAUAACAGAACUUAUGGAAGGACUAAGUAUAAAACAUAAAAAUAUAAAACAAAGCAGGAACCAUCAGGUCCAGCUAUAUAUCAAAAUCAUUAAACUUUGCCGUAUGAUUUGACUAUGAAAAUUUAUAUUAUAUGUGGUUGUAUAUAAUACAUAAUAUUGAUCUAGGAAAAGCAAAAAAUUAAGUAAUAGGACUACACUUUCAACCACCCUGUAUGUGCCACCAGCUGAUCUAAAUGAAUAGCAUAAAUUUUUCAUUCGACUAACUGUCAAAAAGUUCAUCUGCACAACCAAAGAGAGGUUAUCUAAAUUUUAUAAUAACAAAGUACAAAGAAUUAGUUAAAAUUGUUUACUAGUAGAAGUUUUUAAUUAAAAAUGGUAUCACCUACACUUGCACUGUUUGUACGAUCUAAGGGUCCUGAUGAAUUCUGGCGAAAGCGAAGGAUAUUCAAGCUUGCGGCGCACUUUCGUGGACGAAAACGUAACUGCUAUUCUGUAGCAGUACGCUAUGUGCAUCGAGCUUUAGUUUAUGCCACAAAGGGUCGUAAGCUGAAGAAAAUGGAUAUGGCAGAGUUGUGGAAUAAACGUGUGCAAGCCGGUUGUGAACAGUAUGGAAUCACACUUGAAACAUUCAAGGAGACACUUUCGCGCAACAACAUUUUAUUAAACAAAAAAGCCUUAGCCGAUCUUGCUAUUUGGGAACCAAAGUCAUUCGAAUCAUUAGUUAAAUUAUCCAGAGAGCGGGCUGUUGUGGAUACCUUACCAGGCUUAACAGAGCGCUCGGCAAUGAACCAAGUUUAUGGCCUGGCCAACUUAAAGUUAGAUUAAUCUCAACUAGUGAUUAGUAUGAUUAAUUGGCGUACUAUGCUUACAAAUUUUAAUAAAAGUAUAUUUCCAGAAACAAAGCGUAAAA